AGGGAAACGUUAUAAAUAGUGUAGCUGAACGAAUGUUUUACUUAAUAUAGUAAGUAAAAAGCUGCCUGGACGGAGUUGUUUGGACGUAGUGGAAGUUUUCUUGUGAAAUCCUUGCAUUCGCGCAUUGAUUUGAAUGCCAUCUAGGAAACACAAACCAGCAGGUGCAAUGAACAGACAGAUUUUUCAGUCGUGUGGCCAAAUCAGAUUAACAGUUCUGCUGCUGACGACUGUCACAAUUGUUCAAAGCGGGAAGGUUCUUGUCUUUCCAGUGGAUGGCAGUCACUGGGUCAACAUGAACAUCUUGGUGGAGGCACUUCACGCCAAAGGUCACAAUAUAACAGUCAUUCGGAUGGCAGACAGCUGGUACAUCAAAGAAUUCUCACCUCACUACACAUCAGUAACUCUGAAUUCUCCUGGAGGAUUCGAAGAAGAAUUUUUUGAGAUGUUUGCAUUCAGACUUAUGAAAAUCCUGAGAGAAGGUUCCACCUGGGCUCGUCUAAAACUGGAGAUAGAGAUGUGGGUAAAUGUUGGAAAGAUGUUUAAAAUAAAAAGUGAGAUGAUAGUCAACAUGUUUGAAGACCAACAGCUAAUGCAGUCUAUAAAAGACACUAAAUAUGAUUUGGUUCUUACAGAUCCAGUUGAUUUUGGAGGCAUUUUAUUGGGUCAUUAUUUCAAACUACCCAUUGUCUACAAUGUCCGUUGGACAGUGUGCAAUGAGGCUCAUUCUGUAAUAGCUCCUUCUCCACUUUCUUAUGUUCCUUUGCCAAUGCUGGAGUUAACAGAUCGCAUGAGUUUUUUGGAAAGAGUGAAGAAUGUUGUAAUGUACAUCAUAACUGAAACACAAGUCGCUUUUAUGAUUGCUCCAACAUAUAAUGCACUUUGCGAACGUUUUAUUGGCCCUGGGGUGUCCUUCCUUACGCUAGUUCAGAGUGCUGAUCUGUGGCUCCACAGAGUUGAUUUUAUUUUUGAAUUCCCACGUCCCACUAUGCCAAACAUUGUCUACAUGGGAGGUUUUCAAUGCAAGCCUUCAAAACCUCUUCCCCAAGAUCUGGAGGACUUUGUGCAGAGCUCUGGUGAUCAUGGUGUCAUCAUCAUGUCUCUGGGCACUCUCGUUGGUCAGCUUCCUGAUGAUGUGGCUGAGGCGAUUGCUGAAGCUUUUGCAGAACUUCCACAGAAGAUCAUCUGGAGGUACAAAGGAAAGAGACCAUCUGCUCUAGGAAACAACACCUUAAUGAUGGACUGGAUGCCUCAGAAUGAUCUUCUGGGUCAUCCUAAGACCAGAGCCUUUGUGGCACAUGGAGGAACCAAUGGGAUUCAAGAAGCCAUUUACCACGGGGUCCCAAUCAUUGGAUUUGGGCUGAUUUUUGACCAGCCUGAUAAUCUUGCAAAAAUGAGAGUAAAGGGUGUAGCCAAGACUGUAGACUUUGCCACAGUGGAUAAGCACUCCUUCCUUAAAACUGUGAAAGAGGUGCUUUAUGAUCCCUCUUAUCGGGAGAACAUGCAGAGGCUCUCAAGGCUUCACAAAGAUGUUCCAGUGAAACCUCUGGACAACGCCAUCUUCUGGAUUGAGUUUGUUAUGAGGCACAAAGGUGCUGCUCACUUGCGCACGGAGUCUUACAAAAUGCCCUGGUACUCUUAUCACUCUGUUGAUGUCAUACUGCUCCUGCUUUCUGCUGUGUCACUCAUAAUCUUGACUAUAUAUGCAGUAAUCAGAUAUUUCUGCUGCAGAAAAUGCAUGAGAAAAACAAAAAACAAAAGCAAAUGAGUUCAGUUGUUAAAUCGACAAUAUUUGUGUUGUACUGUCUCUACAGCUUUAUUGUUUGUGUUCAACUAUAUUUAGUUCUGGUUUAAGUAAGUGAACAGGUCAAUCUCUUAUUUAAAAUUAUUUUCAUACAGUGAUUGAUAAAUGUUGAUUUAUUCAAACCCUAUUAGAUUCUAUUUACUUUAUAUACUGUAUAUGAACAAAUAUUGUAUAAACAUGCCAUUUAUUGUAUCAUAUAGCUGCAGUGUCAUGUAUACAUAUUUUCAUACAUAUACUGUAUAUCUAAUGUCUUAGUGUUCUUCUCAGCACUCGAUCAUCCAGUCAUCAAUUAUUUUUGCAAAAAAAACAUCUGAAUGUACAGUAAUCCUCAUAUAGCUGUAAAAUACUAUUCACAAUAGGGAUUUUCAGCACUCAUUUCUCCAGGCUUCAGUGUCACAUGAUCCUUCAGAAAUCAUUCUAAUAUGCUGAUUGUUGCUAGGAAACAUUUCUUAUUAUUAUCAGUGUUGAAAACAGUGAUUCCUUGAUGAAUAUAAAAAAGUACAUUUAUUUAAAAUCUAAAUCUUUCGUAAUAUUAUACGUCAUUACUGACACUUUUGAUUAAUUUAAUGGAUCCUUGCUGAAUAAAAAUAUAAAUUUCUUUAAAAAAAUCUUACUAACCCCAAAUGUUUGAACGGUAAUGUAUAGAUUCCUAUUAUAGUGCAGUGGUUUAAUUCAUGGUAUAUUGUUCAUCAAACUGGGUGGCCAGAAGAGCACAGUGCCUGUUGUCCCUUUCACUUUGUGAGAGCAGAAUAAAAAGAAAGGCCAAGUACUCAUAAUCCAGCACUUGAUAGAACUAAAAGAGCUCUUGUCAUAGGAGUCCUUAUUAUAUCCGUAUCACAUUACAAAUUCCAAGUGUUACUGUAGUUACCUAAGGGUUAAAAAAAGAACAUGAUGGGAAAUUUUACAACCCAGUCUAUCAAAGUGAAGGAAAGUAUUAUCUGGCAUGGCUCGAUCUAUUGUGGGUUUAGCUGUCUUAAAAACAGACACGGCUGCUGUAAAAAUGUCUCUGUAAUUGAUGUACUGUGUGAUUUUUUAUUAUUUUGACCUUCUUGAACUGGGCUAAAUGAUGUUGAAAUUCUCCUAUAUCUAAAUGGUUGGGGUUUUGUGGCUGUAAUUUUUUGUUGUAAUGUGACAAAUUCAUAUGACUGAUUUGACUUUUCUACAGUUAUUCUCAUUAUAUUUUAAUAAAUUUACUGAAUGCAACAUCCACUUCCUUACUCUUACUGAAUUACUGAGUUCACUCAUUUUUGUUUUUGUUAUACAGCUAAAAUUUUGCUGCGCUUUACUGCUUAAAGGGGUGGUGCUGCAAGAUGAUUUACAUAUGGAUAUCAUUUUAAAAUGUGCUUGUUCUCUUGC